ACAAAUAUAAGACGAUAUAUUUAAGUAUCAGAUUUUUUUUUACGUGAGGCGUAAUUUAAAAGACGGUGCCGUUUCUCUCUGCUGUAAAGCGGAGUGCCGUAUUACAGGUGGUUAUGUUGUGAGGAGCGGAAGCAAUACAAGGAUGUGGUUGUUUAAAUUAAAUACUUUGGCGUUUUUGUUACUUUUGUUGGGGCAGUAUAACUCAUUUGCUCUUCAGAAUGUAACUGCUGACCUUUUCGGGAGCGGAAAUUAUGGGACGGUUGCAGCGUUUGGAGAUUUUAACUCGGAUAAACAGACUGACAUCUUCAUCAUCAGAGAGCGGUCUGAACUGGUAAUAUUCUUGGCAGACUCCACACCACCAUACUUCAAGCCCAAAGUUCAGAUAAAUAAAGACAUUUUGCCAAAGGACACAGUCAUCACCAGUGUGGUUCCUGGAGAUUAUGAUGGAGACUCUCAGAUGGAUGUUCUUCUUACAGCUCAGACAAUUCUCUCAAAAACAAAAGUUUUAAUCUUUUGGGGGAACAACCAGACAUUAGAUACGGCUGGGUGGCUCACGCUGAACAAGACAUUUACAGAUCAGCCUCUUGUUAUGGAUUUCAAUGGGGACAUGAUCCCAGAUGUCUUUGGUGUCACCAACACCCCCAAUACUGAAGUCUGCUAUCUCACAAAAAGGAUUCCUGUGUGGGAGAAUGCGUUGAACUCACCUGUUCAAUUGCGCAUCCCUCACUCAAACGCUUUCAUUGACCUCAACAAGGACUUCACAGCUGACUUGUUCCUAACAACCGAGACCUCGUUUGAGACCUGGAUCAACAAGGAUGGCAACUUCACCCAGGCUGAAGUUAUUCCAAGGCCAGAAGCCAAGGUGGUCGGGCAGUCAUCCUUUGUUGACUUUGAUGGUGAUGGCUACCAAGACCACCUCCUCCCUGUGUGUACAGAUGAAACCUGUCAACAGAGUGCCAUCUACCUCACCAAGUCGGGCUCAAAAGAGUGGCUGCCAGUACUGUCAGAAUUCAGGCAGAGGGAAACACUCUGGGGCUUUGUGCCAGGGAGCCUCAGCCAGCCCCUGGUCCUGCACCUCGGGGACUACAACCUGGACGGCUUCCCUGAUGCUCUUGUGAUCCUCCGCAACACAAGUGGCAGCGGUCAGCGAGCGUUCCUGCUGGAGAACGUCCCCUGUAACAAUCCAACCUGCAGCACCAUCAAACGAAUGUUUCACAUCCACUGGGACCAGUCAGACUUGGGAGCCAUUCAAAAUGCCACUAUGGCAACCUUCUUUGACAUCUAUGAAGAUGGUAUCCUUGACAUGCUGGUCCUGAGUCAGACAGAUGGCAAAAAAGAUUUGACGAUCAAUGCUUUAAAGAACAAUUUUGAAGCUGAUGCCUACUUCGUAAAAGUGAUGGUGCUCAGCGGGCUCUGCUCUAAUGACUGUCCUGAAGAUGUCAAGCCUUUUGGAGUAAACCAGCCAGGUCCUUACGUCAUGUACACCACAGUGGACUCUAAUGGCUACCUGAAAAAUGCCUCAGCUGGUCAGUUGAGCCAAUCAGCUCAUUUCUCCCUCCAGCUGCCCUACACCGUGCUAGGUCUCGGACGUAGCGCUAACUUCUUGGAUCACCUUUUCGUCGGCAUCCCCCGGGAGCCAGGAGACAAGGACAUACGGAAGCAGGAGUGGACGGCCAUCAUUCCUAACUCUCAGCUCAUCGUCAUACCUUUCCCACACAAUAAGCCGCGCAGUUGGAGCGCUAAGUUGUAUCUCACUCCCAGUAACAGCGUCCUGCUCACGGCCAUCGCACUGAUCGGAGUCUGCGUCUUCAUCCUCGUCAUUAUCGGCAUCCUCCACUGGAAAGAGAAGAAAGCGGACGACCGAGAGAAGAGGCAGGAGGCCCACCGUUUCCAUUUCGAUGCCAUGUGAAGGAAGAGAACUGCAUCAUCGCUUCCCGCUCUGCUCCGUCUGUUAGCCAUCCGACCGCCCCCCUCGUCCCUUCACACAUUUCAAGGACCAAUAAAUGAAUCCUCAUUUACCCCAAAAUGUUUCUUUUUGAUAUUUUUCUGUCCUUGAGUAAAAUGUGAAAUAUUUAUGCCCCGUUUGAUUUAUUCAUUCCAGUGAUAGAAGUAGAGGAGCUGCAACAAGGCCACAGGGACACGGAAAGAUGAGAAGUUUUUUAUCAGAGACUCACUGUUGGAAGAAGCAUGGUCUUCAGUUGUGUCAUUAGAGUAGUCUGACAGAUGAAACUCCCAGUGUGUAACUCCAUAAACUGCAAACUGUUUAUAAUUGUUUACUAAAGAGGAAGCAUCUAUGACAUCAACAUGUUGAAAUGUGUAAAAUUAACUUAAACUCGUAAUGUGUGUCACUGCCUCUGUCUGUGCAUGUCGUCACACUCGUCUCAAUCCUGUGAUUUUAAUGUCGGCUUCGCAACUGGAGCAGCAACUGGUGAAAGAUGAACAAAAGUGGACACGUGGAACAUUUUUCUGUUUCCAGCCUCACUAAAAAUGAUGAAUGGCCUUCUGGUCUGCUGAGUGCAAAUCCAUCUUUCCCUGAGUUGAUUGUAUUACAGUUCAUCACAGGAGUGCCAAAAAGUAUUUCAUCCUGCAAAUAUCUAACAGCUACUGCAUCAAGGCCCUACACGUAGGCUAAUACCUGGUUGUCCUGCUGAAUGAGGCACAGUUACUACUAAUUCAAGGUUUGGUUUUUAAUUUGUUUCUUUUAAAACUUGAUUCAGCCAAGCUCUCUGGUAUGUCCAGAUAUUUAUUUUGCAAGACUGAGUUCAUGUCUGUCCAACUUGUUUGCACUUUUUUAAAACUAAUCAUUAACUGUGGGUGUUUGUAAAUUAUUUCAUUUGGUGGAUUUAUUUUGCAAAUGAAUGUUAAAGCUACUAAAUGUGUUUAUCUUCUGAGGUUGAGAAUAAAAAGUUUCUUCUGCUUAA